GCCCACCUCCCGCCUCCCACCUCCAGGCGUUCUCGUGUGAUUGGGGUAGGCUCUGACCUGAGCGUCAGGACUUUGAAAACUUCCCCGGAUGAUUCCGAUGUGCUGCGGAGUUUGGGAUCCGCCGCCCGGGACCAAAAUCACACGCCCCCGGCCCUGCCCCCGAGUUCCCCAGCGCUCGAGAUGAGGCCCCGGAUGCUGCCUGUGUCCUUCGGGGAGAGCAUUGAGGUGCACCCGGAGCCCACGCACGAGAUCCGCUGCAACUCCGAGGUCAAGUACGCCUCCGAGAGGCACUUCCGGGACAAUGUCUUCUACGCGCCCGUGCCCACGGUCACGGCCUACAGCGAGACCAUCGUGGCGGCGCCCAACUGCACGUGGCGCAACUACCGCAGCCAGCUGACCCUGGAGCCGCGGCCCCGCGCCCUGCACUUCCGCAGCACCACCAUCAUCUUCCCCAAGCGCGCCAGGAACACUUUCCGGACCACCCUGCACUGCAGCCUGGGCCGGCCCAGCCGCCGGUUCACGUCCAGCGUGCAGCUCCAGCUCCUCCUGGGGCCCGCGGCGCUCUGACGGGGCGGGGCCGCCCACCCCCGACCCCGCAGCGACCUUGGGCUGGGGGGGGCCCCAAGGACGGACCGCGUGGCUCAGCCUGGAGCCGGGCACGAGGGAGGUGGGGUGGACUCGGUGAACACUUCUGUUCCGUGGGCACGACAGCGGGGGACGCGGCAUGGGCGUGGCUCCCCGAAGCGCUCCGGGCCGGGGCGGGGGGAGGGGCUUGCGGUAGGUUGGGUGCCCCCCCCCCCGCCCCUCCCGGGGGUCCCCGAGAGAGGAAGGCGUGCGACCGCGGCGGGCCCUUAGGGCGGAGACCAGCCUCGGUCGGAGGGACUGGCGCCGCCCCCCGAGACCCCGGCCACCCCGUCUGACCGGGGCUGGUGGCCUGGCUCCCAGGCCACGUGCCGUCCAGACACCUGGCUUCCUGGGAAGAGGGGUCUCCAGAGCGGGCCUUCCGCUGGGCGCGCAGCUCGGCUAGAGGCCCGGGCCGAGCGCCCUCUGGUGGCGGCUGAGCCAGGAGGGCGGGCAAAGGCCCCCGCCGUGAGGCCAGGGGCCAGCGCUGGUAGAGACCUUGCCGGAGCUGUUGGCCGUGUGCCGGGGCAGAGGCUUUCGGGCACGGCCCGCCUGAAUUGAGGCCUUGGCGCUCCGCGUCGGGAGCCUCGCCCCCAGGGCGUCCCUGCUAACCUCUGUCCGCGCAACCUCUCCAGGAUCAGGACUCUCGCGCCAGAGCCUUCCCGCCAGGCGCCAAGGGGAGGCAUCGAAGCUCUCGGAACGUCCGCCGUCACCUGCGUGGGGCUCCGGGCCCAGCUGCUUAAAGAGAUGCCGUGGCGGUAGCUGCCCUGGGUCAGGCCGCCCGGUUCCACACGCGGUGAUUCCACACGCGCUGUCCCCAGUGCUGCUGGGCCCCCGUCGCACGUGCUGCCAGGGCAGGCGGGGAGCCAGGGGCCACGGUCUGGUGCUGCCCCGGACGGGUGCCCCAGAAACUCCCCAGUGUGGCCUCGGAGGGGCCCUCUGGCCUGAAUGGACCCAAUGGGUAAGGGGACUCCCCUCCCACGCCCUUGUUCAUCCCCCGCGACGGGGGCAGAAAGGCUCUCCCACGUGGUGGGGGUGGGGGUGAGAGAACAACCCGGAGCCUACGUCCAAGAGAGGCAAGUGCCUGAUCUAUUUUUGUAUAUCUACACCCGGUGCAUGUUCUCUCCAGAGAGUCCGAUUAACAAAAAUAACUUAAGAACUUGAUUGAUUAUCUUAAUAAAACGUGCAGACCCAGA